AUGCAAGAUUUGAAAAACCAACGACAAUCGAUCCAAUCUUCUUUUGACAAGCAAAGUGAAAAGGCAAGAAGUGAUUAUCGGAUGUGUUUAAAUGCCUCAAUUGAUGUAGCAAGAUUUCUCUUGACAUCGGGAUUUCCAUUUCGUGGACAUGAUGAAAGUGAAGGUUCCGAAUAUAAGGGUGCUUUUCUUGAACUUUUGAAAUGGUAUGGGGAUAGAAGUUUUGAUGUGGGAAGAGUAACAUUAGGUAAUGCUCCACAAAAUGAUAUGAUGAUUUGUCCGAAAAUUCAAAAAGAUAUUGUGGAGGCUUGUGCUAAAGAAACAACUAAGGCUAUCAUUGAAGACUUGGACGGUCUUUCCAAAAAGAAUUCGGAUGUGGAUAAUUUUUUUUAUGUUCUCACUAAUAUUUUGAAUACUAUUGGAGCUUCAUUUAAACGCAGAGAUUCACUUCGACAACAUCAAGAAGAUAAGUUGGAAGAGUUGCUUAAAUUUGGAGAAGUUCAUACAGGGCAAGGUUUGAAUCAAGAACGUGGCCUCCAACGACUGAGUGAUACUCGUUGGGGGUCUCAUUUUAAAACCUUGGACAAUUUCCUGAUUCUUUUUUCUUCAAUUGUUAAUGUGCUUAAGGAUAUGAAACGUGAUUGUCCAUAUCAUCUUGAUAGAUUUGCGGCGAAAAAUCUUUUGAGCAAGACUCAUGAAUUUGAAUUUGUCUUUAUGUUGCACUUGAUGUUUAAGGUGUUGCUAUUGACGAAUGAGUUGAAUAAAGUUUUACAAAAGAAAGAUCAAGAUAUCGUUAAUGUUAUGGGAUUGCUUGACCUUUCAAAGAAACGAUUGCAAAUGAUGAGAGAGGAUGAAUGGGACUCUAUGAUGGAUGAUGUUAGCUUAUUUUGUGGUAAACAUGGAAUUUCAAUUUCCAAAAUGAAUGAAGACUACUCUAAUGGGAAGUCGAAGCGUAAGAGGUCCAAUAUUUCAUAUUUGCAUCACUUUCGUGUGGAAGUAUUUUAUGUCGUCAUUGAUUUAGCACUUCAAGAACUCAACAAUCGUUUUGAUGUGGUGAUUAGUGACUUGCUCCUCGGUAUGGCUAGUUUGAGUCCGGUUGAUUCAUUUGCUAAUUUUUACAAGGAUAGGAUAAUGAAACUAGUCGAGUACUACCCAAGUGAGUUUGGUGAUAAAGAGCUUCGGGAACUCAAUUUUCAACUUGAUGAUUUUAUUGUCUAUGCUCAAAAGUGUGAUAACAAGUUUCUCAACUUGAAGGGAAUCAAGGAUCUUGCAAAAGUGAUGAUAGAGACAAAACUAGAUCAAACUUGGUCACUUGUGUAUCUACUUGUGAAGCUAACUUUGAUUAUUCUUGUUGCUACCGCAAGCGUGGGAAAAGCAUUCUCAUCAAUGAAGUACAUAAAGAAUGAUUUGCGUAAUAGGAUGGAUGAAGAUCUUUUGAAUGGUUGUUUAGUUUGCUAUAUAGAGCGUAGUAUAUUUUAA